UGUUGAAAAUGCGCACGCAUAGCCGAGGGGAACCUGUUCAAAAUACAGAUUGUGGAUACCUGGAAAGAUUUGGUACAGUGACCAGAUGAACCGUCCAUUGCAUAUAUCCUGUACAGCAUUCAUGAAAAAAAUCUAGUAGCAGCAUUUUCGCCAUGUCUAGUGCCGGACAUUCCGGUAAAAAGCUGACGCCAUGUCGCUAUUACAUGAACUCUGGAAACUGUGCAUACGGAGACGACUGUCAGUUUCUUCAUCAAAAUCCAUUGCUUCAAAACAUGUUCAAAAAUGGCCCGCCCCCAUUGGAAAGCCAAGGGUUAGGAGAUAUGCCUGGGAGUGGAGAUCAGUAUUUUAAUGCCACCAUGACAUUUAACCCUGCUCCAGGUUCUGGCAUGAGUGAGUUCCAGCCCUAUUCUUCCAUGCAGUCAAGGAGAGGACAUCCUCGUCAUCUUUCACAGAAUGCCAAGCCAUUUGUUCCAACACACAAUCCCAUGGACCAAUCUCUUGCCAAUGACUUUGCAGCUCUCAAUCUGGCAGCAACUUCAAGCAUGGUCAAAGGUUCUGGGGAGUACCCAGGUCAGCAGCAGUCUCUUCCGCACAGCUCCAGUACUCCCUCUUUUGCAGCCUUGAGCAACAUGUUCAGCACACCCCCUCCCCCAACUACUGCCCCUGUUAGUCAUGUGGUCAACAAUGGUUCAGGGCUAGCAUUCUCAUCUGGCAUGAGUCCCAGCCAUAGCCCAGGAAUUUCACCCACCUCCUCACCACAUGUGUUUCGACGUAAUCCGCACUCAUCACCUGUGCCGCCACACCGUCAGACCACAGUUCCUCAGAAGCCAAAUGCUGGUACCACUUUUCACCAGGAGAAUGUAGGAGGGACAACUUACUUCUAUUCUCCUGAAGAUUUUACACCUCAGCAGGAAGGAGCUUUGCUACCAGAUUUCACUAUGUACAAUUCGAUACCAUCCCACAUACAUCAUAUGAAACUGAAGACUCCAUUACAGACCUUUGCUAUGGCAGAUGAGUUGAAAAUGGAAGUUUUGAAUCGUCAGGCACUUGCUGGAGCACAUGUUGAUCUGGCAGCCCAUCCAGACAUUCCCCCACAAGUUGACAACUAUGACAACUUAGUGCCCCUUGAGAGAAGUCUGCCUCCCUCUGCCCAGGCUAAGUCUUUGUUGGGUUAUUCAAGCACUUGCUACAAGGCUGUCAAUAAAACAGAUGGGACCUUGUACUGCCUUCGUCGUGUUCACAAUUUUCGGUUAAACCCUACUCUAAACUCAAGGCUCAUGACACUAGUGGAAGCAUGGAACAAGCUUUACCAUCCAAAUAUUGUACAGCUACGAGAAGCAUUUACUACUAAAGCCUUUGGGGACAGCUCCAUUGUGUUUUCCUAUGACUAUUUCCCUGGUGCUAUUACACUGAUGUCUAAGCACUUCAGCAAUCCCCAGCCUCUAAAUGGCUUUACUAGUCAGUUCAGCAUGGAGGGUGGGAGCUCCCGAUCCUUUGGCAGUAAAGGAAUGAACAAUCGCAGCACACCAACCCUGCUAUCGGAGAGUCUUAUCUGGUGUUACAUUGUUCAGCUCAGCUCAGCUCUGCGCUAUAUUCACAGCACUGGCCUAGCUGCUCGCACUAUUGAGCCAUCCAAGAUCCUCUUUUAUGACAAGUCAAGGCUGCGUGUGAACUGUGUUGGGGUGAUGGAUGUUUUGUCACUGCCCAGCAUGGACCAGGCAACAAUUAUGAACUUCUUGCCACACUGGCAGCAAGAGGAUCUCAUGGGGCUGGGCCGCAUUGUUUUAGCUCUUGCCUGCAACACAGCCCUUGCUUUGCAGCAGCAGAAUAUGGCCCAUGCUUUGGAAUUUGUACAGAGAAACUAUUCUCCUGAUCUUAAAAACCUUAUCUUGUACCUGCUGAACAAUCAGAAUAGGCCACGUACUGUCAAUGAUAUUAUGCCCAUGAUAGGAGCUCGUUUCUUUACCCAGCUGGACACAGCUCAGCUCAGGUGUGAUGUUCUUGAAAAUGAGAUGUCCAAGGAGGUUGAGAAUGGUCGUCUUGCACGUCUUAUAUUCAAGCUGUGCAGCAUUUUAGAAAGACCUGAGUUCAACAUGGAUCCCUCAUGGUCUGAGACUGGUGAUCGCUACAUGCUGAAGCUUUUCCGAGAUUAUGUGUUUCACCAGGUUGAUGAAAACGGGCUGCCAUGGAUGGAUAUGGCUCACAUUGUGCAGUGUCUAAACAAACUGGACUCUGGUGUCCAAGAAAAGGUAUGCCUCAUGACAAGAGACGAGCAGAGUAUUUUCAUCGUUUCUUAUUCAGAGCUGAAAAGAUGUUUUGCAGCAGCUUUUUCAGAACUGCUCAAUGCUGGACAGCCAUCAAGUUUUGCAUAGGCUUGUAGGCAUACAGAAGAUAAUUUUGUCAGGUAAGAGACAACAGAAUAGCACAGCAGAGAGAAAAGGGAAAAUGAGAUGAAUACGUGAUUUCUUCUGAGAUGUGGUUGUCUGCAGUGCAUUACAGUGUCAGAUUUUCCAGUUUGCAGAAGUUGACGAAAACUCUUCCGUGACAGUGUUCCCUCUUCCAUAAACCCUUUCUGCAAAUCUUUCCACAAAUACUUAUAUUUACAUCUCUUCACAGCUUGAAAGGAUUGGCAGGUCUGUGAAGCAGUUUUGACUUGCAUGAAGAUUUUGAAGAAAGUGCAACUUUUAAAGCACCUUAUAUAAAGAUUUUACUUAUCCCUCAGUGCCCUUUACAAACGUGACAUUGUUUUGCUUCCUAGGGCACAGGUCAGCCGUAACCGUAACUGUACGAUGUGCUCAAAGUAUGUGUAUUGCUGCUGUGCAAAUCUGGCCUUUUAUUUUGAACUCUACACAUUCUAGUAAUGUAUAUAAUUAAAAAUACAGCUAGGUGAUGGAAAGGUACAAACUUAUUUUAAUUUGUGCAAAAUUAUCUGUACUUACAUGUAUGUAUUCAAAUGGAAUGCCUCCCCCUCCAUGCACACAUUUACACAAUGUAUACAUGAAAAAUCAAGCGAAGUUACAUAAAAGUGUUUAAGGAGAUUGUCUACCGAAUUAUAUUGUAAUGUGCUUGUACUAAUGUUUAUGUGAGGUAGACCAAAGCUCAUUCUCUCCUACUAAAAGAUGGUAGUGUAUUCCACAGUUACAUUCAGAAGCAUAACAUGUCGCUAUUCGCUGUGGCCAUUUUUUAAGAAGUCUUGGAGUAAACAUAACAAACAGCAUCAAGCAAUGUCUUUAUUCAGUCUGCAGUCGUAACUAGACCUGAAGCCAGAAACAAGUUACAGUCUGCACUAUAUUGAUCUGUUUUCAUAGAAACUUGAUUGGUUCAGCUAUUUGCUUGUGCUGGUGUUCUCAAUCCAGUAUAAGUUCACAUGCUUACAAAUAUAUCUGCUUUCAAGAGAUGAUUCAGAUUUGAAGUUAUCGUUUUUAACAGCUACCUCUUCAAGGAUUUAGGUGGAAGUGGGGGAUAUUUUUUCAUGGCUUGUGGGGCAGGAAUACAAUGCAAAUGGAUUUUGCAUUUUGUGUGUGUGUGGCGGGGCGGGGGGGGGGGGAUCAUAAAGUUUAGUUUCAUUUUAUAAGCAAGCCUUUUUAUUUCACUGGAGGGUGAAAAGAAUAGUCUACCACCUUUUGCUUUCCUUUUUUUUUGGGGGGGUGGGGGGUCUAUUCACAGCUGCUUGAAUCUCUUGGGGUUUUUUGUGACUUGUUUCCAUUUGUACGCUUCAUUGCUGUGUAACUCCAUGAUAAAAUUCUACAGCCAUGGAACCCAUGGUUGUACCACCAGAUUUUGUAAAUUUCAGGAGGAUUAUGCUCCUGAGUCUGCUGAGUUCUGCUUUAAGAGAACUGUAGUCAUUGGAGUAGCAUAAAAAUGGCUGCCAUCAUCAUCAUUAUUAUCAUCAUGAAAAUGUUUUUCACACCUAUACCAUUCAAAAGGCCUGAUGCGGCCUUUCUGCUAAGUACUUUCAAAUUUUAGCAUAAAGAGCUUAAAUGCCUCUGCACUCAUCUCGCCUAUGAGCAAGGUAGGAAUGAUUGAGUUCAAGAAUGUUUUUGCCUUCUUGUAAUAGAUCUAGUCGAAAUAUGAAAUCAAGUGAGUAAAGAUCAGUGGUCACAAACACAAUACUAAAAGAAAAAGACUCAUAAAACAUUAAAUUUUUGUUUGCUAGUAUUGUAGUACUUUCAAAUAGAAGAUACUAUUCGAUUAAAGAUUGAAAUCACUUUGUGGGCACUAGGAGAAAAUUCAUGAAAAGGUUAUCCAUAAAUAGUAUGUUUUUCCUUUAACCCCUCUAAUGCAUAGUGCUGAAAAAUUAAAAAGGCUUUUUUUUUUUAAGUUAUUUUGAAAAUUGUAUAGAAUUCACCAUUAGUACAAGAAGAAAAGGUGCUGUAAUGGCAGAUCAGUACAAGGAGAAAAGAUCCUGUAAUGGCCUUUUAUCAUACAAAACUUGAUGAAAUAACUGUUAAAACAUUCAUCACAUUCAUAUGUUGCUGCACACUGCGCAUGUAAUAUUGUAAUUGUGGAGAAACCAUUUUCACUCAUGUCUGAACACAAACAGUUAAACUGAGAUGUGAAACAUUACAUUAGUUUUGUUUGUUUAUAAUAAACUAUUCUGUAGUUAUAGGAACUAUUUCAUUAAAACGUUACUCCUAAUACUUUACUAAAAUUUUACUGCCACAUACUUUUGUUUAGCCAUGGGCAGAAGAGGUUAAUGGAUACAUUGUCAAGUGUCACAUAAGCAGCAUCUGGCGGCAUGUACAGGCAGCAGUAGUUCAUCAUGAAUGCCGCUGAACAGAAUGUAUAUUCUGAAACAGUGAACCCUAUUUAUGUUUGACAGUUUGCUGAUAAUGAUCACUGCCCCAAAGGAUGUUGGCCAUGAAAUAGUGUAUUUUUUUGUCUUGGCGGUGAAUACUGAAGAGUAGUACGAGUAGUAUUUGACUUGCAUUGCCUGGUAUGGGAUUGGAUCUGUUUUUCUCAGGAUGUAAUUUUAAGUGAAGGACAUGAUCAUUCUGUUAAACUAAGAGGGAAACAGCAAUAUUUAGUAAAUUGAUUUUUUCAGUAUCAUGCGCUAUAAUUAUAUAUAAUUUUUGCAUCUAGUUAUAUGAAAAGUAGUAUAUAAUUUUAAAUAAGUGUCUGAAGAUGUAACAUAUAACCACCUGGUAUUUUACAUUUAAUUCUAUAUAAUAAUAGUUGAAUUUGUAGAGCGAUUUCCUUGUGUGGAGGCGAGCAUGUGCUGCACAUGAAAGACUAUAGACAAACUGACAGUCAGCCAUACGAGAAACAUAAGCAUAAGCAAACUGAUGUCUAAAGUAAUUUCUGGUUCCUGUAAUGUUUGGCUGGUCACCUUUUCUAAGAAAUGCUAGAUCUGAUCUAAAAGAAAUUUACAAUUCAUCUUCUUGGUAACUAAUGUGACAUUAAACCUGGGUAGAAAACUAGCAACUUUUAAAAGCAUAGAUUUGCGUAAAUUGUUUUUUAUAUCCAAACUGAUGUGUGUGCGUGCAUGUUAUAUUGUAUGGUCAUCACUUUAGAAAUCAUCUCUUGUAGGCAAGACAUGCUGUAUGUAUGUGAAUAUAUAUUUAUGGGUAUUUCAUGUGAGUGGGCAAGCAACCGAGGAUGUUUGAGAGAGAGAGAGCAUGCAUUUAAAACUUAAUGCAAAUUAUUCUUUGCUUGAAAAUGGUGGACCUUAUUCCUGAUUUUAUAAAUUGUUAUUUUAAGAUCUCCAUACAAUUAAAAUUUAAAAAUGAGUAUAAAAAUA